UGCUGGGUGCCUGCGGGUGGGCUCGGUAACGGUGUUUCCUGACAUUCUUGCCCAGGAUGGCUUCCGCUGAAUGUGAAGCGUUGUCUCAAGACGAGCUCCGGAAAAGGCUUUAUCAGACGUUUAAGAACCGAGGUGUUUUGGACACACUUAAGACGCAACUCCGAAACCAGCUAAUCCAUGAAUUGAUGCAUCCAAUUUUAAGUGGAGAACUUAAACCACAACCAGUGUCCAGUGAAGGCAGUUCGUUGUUAAUUGGAGCUUCCAAUAGCCUGGUGGCAGAUCACCUGCGCAGUUGUGGCUAUGAAUAUUCACUUUCUGUUUUUUAUCCAGAAAGUGGAUUAGAAAAGGAGAAGGUGUUUACUCUGCAAGAUCUUCUACAGCUAAUUAGGAUCAGUCCAAAAUCCAGUCUUUACAAAUCAUUGACUUCAGGAGCUAAAAAAGAGAACAAAAAAGGUUUUCUUAUACAGAUGCUAAUGGAGUUGACAGAGCAUCAUCUUUAUAAGGAGAGGCGCGACACAGAAACUCAGACAAACUCAAUACCACCUUAUAGAGAAUCUCUUGUUGAGAAACUUCAGCUGAUUGAUGAACAGUUUGCAGACAUUUAUCCGCAGCAUCAGAAGUCUGAGUCUUUAGAAGUGAAACUCACUGAAUAUCGAAAAGAAAUAGAGGAACAGCUUCAAGCAGAAAUGUCUGAAAAGUUACAACAUUUCAAAGAGGUUGAAAUAGCAAAAAUUAGAAUGGAAGAGAAAGCACGAUGCCAAAAAGAAAUUUCUGAUUUGCGUAGGGAUUUUGAAAAGACAAACCAUGCUAAGUCCGAGGCUCUGAUUGCUCGUGAAAAGAAUGCUAUUGAAAGACUUCAAAAACAUCAGGAGAUUGAAGCAAAGGAGGUUUAUACUCAAAGACAAAGUCUGCUGAAAGAUAUUGAAAUGAUAAGAACUAGAGAGGCAGAACUGAAGCAAAGAAUGGAAACUUUUGAACUUGCUCAGAAACUUCAAGAAGAAAAAAAUAAAGCUGUUGAUGAUGCACUUCGACGUCGGGAGACAGCUGUAAAGAACAUUGAGGAGACUUACGACCAAAAGCUUAAGAAUGAACUCCUAAAAUAUCAGCUUGAGCUGAAGGAAGAAUAUAUAGCCAGAACCACUAAGGUUACUGAAGACGAGAAAAAGAAUAAAGAGACAGCUAUGCUGUUGCGUGAAGAGACCAUUGCCAUUAAUUCAAAGAAAGAAGAACUCAAACAAGUUGAAUCACAUGCAAAAGAGCUUGAGCUUGAGCUGGAUUCAGUAAAGGCGCAGCUGCUAUUGGUAAACAAACAAAAUCAGUUGUUGACAGAAAAAUUGAAAGAGAUUGCCGACUAUCCCUUGUUAAAGGAAGAGAAACUGGAGCUUCAGGUGCAAAAUAAACUACUUAGACAACAAGUGGAUGAGACUCGCAAUGAAAACCUGCAUUUCCGAGACAAGUUAACUCAGCCAUCAGCUGAACAUGUAGCCUGCCAGGCAGAGUUGAGGAGAGUUGAACAUGCUAAAAAAAUGGAACAGGAUGAGUUUGAAACCCAUAAACAACUUCUGGAAAAGCAACUACAGAGUGAGGUUGAACGUUGUGCACAAUUAAAGACCCAGAUGUUAGACUAUGAAACUACUAUCAAAAAGCUAAAUGUAGAGGUUGAAGAUUUGAAAUUGCAGCUGAAGCAAACGCAGACAGUUCUAGAGAAUGAAGUGUAUCGGAAUCCCAAGCCUUCUCUCGUUGAUCGUUCUGUCAUUGACUUCGAUAGAAUUAUACCUCAUGACAUUUAUGUAGAUGGUGCUUUCUUGAAGAACCGGGCUGUUGAUAUCGAGGCAGUUGAUGUUCCAAACAUUGGUUAUCGCCAGCAUUCACAGACCUGCAACUCUUCUCCAGAUUCUGACCUUGAAUUUGUUGCCAAAACCAAAACUAGGAUAAAAGAACUAGAGAAAGAAGCAGAGUAUUUGGAAGAAGCCUAUAGAAAUUACCAACAUAGAGUCAUUCAGGGUGUAGUUGCAAGCAGGACACCAACAAAGACUAAGACCUCUCUACCUAUACGAAAUGCUGCUAGAUUCCCCUUGGCUUCUGAACACAGAGUUAUGUUUGUAGAAGACAAUCUUGGUGCUCAGCAUUUCUCUCUUAACAGUCCAAGAGGCCAAAGAUACGUGACAACUGAGCAUGAUCAUAGCUUGAAAAAUCAACUAACUCCUCCCCGAAGAAGGUCUUCCUCCAGACGUCUUUCUUCUACUCCUCUUUCCAAAGUGGAGAGAAACAUCAAUAACCAUAUACUUGCAGAAGAUAGUGGUGAAUCGUACCUAGUGUCUUCCCAACAGAGUGUCAGCCAGCCUCUUUCUCCUAUUUUGAAGACGGGCCAUCUUUCAUCUUCUGAGUCUGCUCCUUCCUCUCCAGCAAAUCAUAGACAAAAGUUGAGUCUUCAUGAACAGCAAGCUGAUAAUCAGGACUUCAGUGACUCUUCAAAGCCAGAGAAGCUAGCAUAUGAGGACCUUGAAGAACAUGAUACUUCUCCUAAUGAUCAAGGGGACAUUCCAGAGCAGCUCAAAAGUGAUGUGUCACAUCCAUCUGCGGACCGUGUCAUUGGAAACAAUGUCACUAACGCUAUGCCAGUAACAGCCGCUUCACAGCAGGAUUUAACUGUAGUUGAUCAAAGGCAAUCUGAGGAACAGAAAAGAGAAGAGAAUCAAAAACAAUGGGAAGAAGAAAGGAGGGAGAGAGAAGAAAGAAGGCAGAGAGACCGGCAGGAAGCACUGGAAAGGGAGGAAAGAGAACUAGAAAAACUGAAUGAAGAAAUGAAGAUGAUCCAAAAUUCGUUGAAAAUUGAAUUUAAAAAUGAGACAGACAAUGAAGUGCAAGAGUUAGAAAUCAAUAUUCCUGAUGCCAAAGAUAAUUUGGUUGAUCUUCCUCUUAAUCCACUAGAGAAAUACAUGAAAUUGAUUCAGCAAAGCAGAGAGCAGGAGCUGACAAAUAAGAGCUCCAAAAAAGAUGUGGAAGAAGAAUCACUGAUAGAGAGACUACUGUCUAGUGGAAAAGAUGACAGCGUGGCAAGCAUUUCUCAUGGAGAACCUGAUGAAGAUUUCUGGUGAAUAGAAGCUACUUGACAAGCACCAUGGAGGAUGGUGUGAAAUCAUGUAAACAAUCACUAUACUACAAGAAUGGCGCAUUUCAUGCACAAUGGUUUCAACUGGGACUCCAUUUCAGAGUCAAACAUGUUAAUAUUAAAAAAAAUUAGGCCUUUUAUGAAGACACUAUCCCCAAUGGGUAAUUUAGUUUAAUCUAAUAGGACUGGUGGUAGUAAUAGCUUUUCUCUAUGUGCUUACAGUUUUAGCAGCUAAGACAAAUUUUAAGUUACCUUGUCAAAAUAGUCUGAUUCACUCCAGUUUAUCAGAAAAGUGUAUUUGUUUUUUAAUUCAUGGAGAAGUUCUGAGCUAUGACAGAAAAGCAAAGGUUACCUAUACCAUUAAGAAGCACAGUAAUUCAACAUUUAGUCAGAUAGCAUAAGUGGACUUCCAAAUAUAUCAUUCUGCCUUAAGCAAUGAGAGUUUUAAAGAUUAAAUGACAAAAAUGAAACUUCAAAGUAGAUUUGAAAGUUAUUGUUUUUUCCAGCAUGCUUAUGUUGCUGGUUUCACAAAUGGCAUGUCAAGAUAACGAUUUGCGAUACAAGGGCUCAGAUAUGCUAAUUAAGAUUAAAAUGUGUAGUAUAUUAAUAGUCUGGAUAACUUUCUUUGAGGACACAUGUAGUUUUUCACUAGCGUUAACUUGGUUAAGUACUUAACAGAAGCGGCCAGAAAAAUACACUUUAGAAGUUGAGCCUCAUACUGUCUCAGUCAUUGUUCUUGUAACCCUCUCUUAUGGAGUAGUUAAGACACUAGAAGUGUUUUUAGAUUUGCAUUUUGUAGACACAUUUUAUUAAAUAACAGAAUGAUCACCUGUGCUCUGAAGUUUUUUUUAAUUGAGAUACAGAAUUAGUAAUAAAUAUAAUAUGGAAGUACUCUUUGGUUUAUGGAUAAAUUCUUUAAGGUAGCAAUAUAUACUACUAUACCUGAUAUUCUCAAACAGGGAGGUAGAGUGUUUAUUCUGUAGGGAUGAGAAACUUUAGGGAAAAAAGAUUUGUGCAGAUUUUACCAUAUGUAAUGAAUAAGUAGCAAGUGUGACCCAAUCAGAUCCUCAGUUAGUGCUGUGCAUUUGACUCCAGAGGGCGCUGUGCAUUUGUGUUCAGUUUGCAUAGCAUUAAAAAAGUGGUUGCCAUCUGUAUGUUAAUCUGUCUGCUAUCAUGCAAUGUAUGCAUUUAAUUGUAAGCAUGGACCAUACUCAGUUUGUUUUUGCUGUUACAACAUUGAGUUACCAAUCCACCACUGUAAUAAUAGAAAAAAAGUGAAAACUGAUUCAAGUGAAGUGCUGCUGCAUAUAUUGGUAUAUGUAUGUAUGUGGUGGGAGGUAAACAAUUACAGAGACAAAAGCAUGGCAUGAUCAAUUAAAUUUGAAAACUGCACUGUAUUGUAUAGUGCAAUAAAUACAACUUGUAUACUCGAUGGGUUACUGGUGAUAAUAUGCAACAGAGAAAAGCAUAUCUUGAUUCUUAGAUGGUUGCUGGGCUGCCAGUCUUUCUGAAAAACCAGGUGUAUUUGAUUUGUAAUAAUUAACAUACAGUAUAACCACUGUCAUUCAUGCUCAUGGGAACUCAGGUUGGUCAUAGUUAACAUUUUAUAUCCUUUAUAAAAAGGUUUUAAAAUAAAGCAAAUUUGAAGGAAAGCAAUGACAUUUUUGCCUUUUUUUUAGUAAAUAUCUCACUUGAGAGGAUAUUUACAGGUACUGUCACAGCAGAGCCCUGCAAUUUGUGUAUUUAAAGUGACUUGGAACAGUAGCUGAGCACUGAGAGGUAGGGACAUCUCCAAUUUUAUAGAAUGAACAAGCCCCAAAUAUGAAUAACAUUGUGCACAUGGUCCCUUGCUCUCCUAUAUGUUUACUACCCAAGAUGUUAGUUUGAUUUUAAGAGUGUAUGAAAAACACUUUGCACACUGUGAUAUGGAAGUUGUUCAUUAAAAUAAUAUAGCAUUGUGAGCUGUCACCAUGAUGGAAACAUCUACAGCCUAUGGCAUAUUAGCAAGUGACUUCUGAUAGCAUUUCUUCCCACCAGCGUGAUAGCCAAUAAAGAAUUAUUUUACUCAGAAAUUCAGAAGUUGUAAUAUACAUUCAAAUAAAAGUAGCACUCAUUGUUUCUACAGUCAUAGCUUUGUUUAAAAAGAAAGUCGUAAAAUAAGUAUAGACAAGUGAUGUGUUUAUUAUCUACAAAUAUUUAUUGUAACACUUGGGUAUAGCUACAGGAAGCCCUUGGCACUGAUAGAAAAUAUUGAUUCACUGUUAGGUUACAAAAAUUUAUACAUAGCAAAAUUUAAUGCUCUUUACAUAAAAAUAUUAGACUACUUAAACAAAACUUCAGAAAACUCCCAGUAAUAGCUACAUCAAACUAGAAAAGAAAUUAGGCUUUAAGACAUUGCCUCCAUUACCCUUAUGCAAACACUGGGCUAGAACAUCACCUGCAUGGCCGUAGAAAUGUUUCUCCUUCAUGCAACAGGUAAAAACAAACACUAGGCUACACUGUCUCAUCUGCUCUACGUACACUGUGCCCCAUUUUUAAAACUGUCAAAUUAGGCUUUUAGGCAUUUAACCAAAAAAUUCAGCCAUAACAGAAUACUUGAAAAAUGUCCGUCCACUUCUUACUAUUGACUUAGCUAAGAAACUUGUGCUUCCUUUUUAUUUUAAUAUUCAGCCAACAGUCAAAACUAAUCAAACCACACGUUAACUUAACAUGGGAAUGUGACUUGACUUUACUAGAAUUUU